AUGCCAAGGGAAACACAUUCGAGUAUCGAAGAAGAGGUGGAAAUCCCCGAUUUUCAAGAUAGCGCAACAGUUCCUGAUCUUGAUGACUUAGAGCUGGAGUACGACCAAUACAAAAAUAAUGAAAACAAUGGUCCCUUCAACGAUAAUGAUCUGGAAAGCAAUUCCGUUGCCAACCACAACACGGUGAGCAAUUCGAAGGGCAUUAAUGGCUCGAAGGUCGAGUAUUUUAACGCUUCGGAUAUCUCGUUGUAUGACAAUUCUGUUUCGCAGUUCGAAGAAUCUACUGUGUCGUUCAAAGAUUACUACGACCAUAGUAUACGUUCUCAUCUUACUUUGAAAGGUGCUAGCGAUUAUCUUAAAAGCGUCUUUCCAAUCAUUAACUGGUUGCCACACUAUAACGUUAGUUGGUUUAUUGCAGAUCUGAUCGCGGGUAUCACUAUCGGCUGUGUUCUUGUGCCACAAUCCAUGUCGUAUGCGCAAGUCGCCACAUUGCCUGCACAGUACGGGCUGUACUCUUCAUUUAUUGGUGCCUAUGCCUAUGCGUUUUUUGCAACCUCCAAGGAUGUUUGUAUUGGACCCGUCGCCGUCAUGUCCUUACAGACCGCCAAAGUGAUUGCAGAUGUCACAUCCAGAUACCCAGAAGGUGACACUACCAUUACGGGUCCCAUCAUCGCCACGACAUUGGCGUUAUUGUGUGGGAUUAUUUCUGCUGCUGUUGGUUUCUUACGUUUGGGGUUCCUUGUCGAAUUCAUUUCUUUAAAUGCUGUCGCUGGGUUUAUGACCGGGUCUGCCUUUAACAUUUUGUGGGGCCAAGUGCCAGCUCUUAUGGGGUACAACAAAUUGGUCAAUACAAGAGUCGCCACUUAUAAGAUCGUGAUAGACUCUUUGAAACAUUUACCGGACACUACACUGGAUGCUGUGUUUGGACUUAUCCCACUUUUCAUUCUUUACACUUGGAAAUGGUGGUGUGGUACAUAUGGUCCAAAGUUGAAUGACAGAUUCAAUUCUAAAAGGCCAAGAUUACACAAGAUUGUCAAAUGGACAUAUUUCUACGCACAGGCUUCUAGAAAUGGUAUUAUUAUCAUUGUAUUCACUUGUAUUGCUUGGGCCAUCACAAGAGGCAAAUCUGCAGCUGACAGACCAAUCAGUGUCCUGGGAUCCGUUCCAUCCGGUUUGAAAGAGGUCGGUGUCUUCCAUGUUCCACCCGGACUGAUGUCUAAAUUGGGUCCAAAUCUGCCUGCUUCUAUUAUCGUCUUGCUAUUAGAGCAUAUUGCUAUUUCCAAAUCAUUCGGUAGAGUUAACGAUUACAAAGUUGUCCCUGAUCAAGAAUUAAUUGCUAUUGGUGUUUCGAACUUAUUAGGUACCUUCUUUAAUGCCUAUCCAGCCACUGGUUCCUUCUCGAGAUCUGCUUUGAAGGCUAAAUGUAAUGUUCGUACCCCACUAUCUGGUUUAUUUUCAGGUUCUUGUGUGCUUUUAGCAUUAUACUGUUUAACUGGCGCAUUCUUUUACAUUCCAAAGGCCACAUUAUCGGCUGUUAUCAUUCACGCAGUGUCUGAUCUUCUGGCCUCCUACCAAACAACCUGGAAUUUCUGGAAAAUGAACCCACUGGACUUCGUCUGUUUCAUUGUUACAGUCUUGAUCACGGUCUUUUCCUCCAUUGAAAAUGGUAUUUAUUUCGCUAUGUGCUGGUCAUGUGCAAUCUUCAUACUUAAAGUGGCAUUCCCAGCUGGUAAAUUCUUGGGUCGUGUCGAAAUCGCCGAAGUUACUGAUGCUUAUGUCAGAGCUGAUUCGGACAGUGUUAGCUUCACAUCUGAAAACAACAAUCGUAUUUUAACAUUGGAAGAAGAUACUACUGAUGGUGAAAAGGAGGGGCGUACCGGUUAUAUAAUUAACUCCUCUAAAAAACUAGACACAAAAGUCCAAACGAAGGGUUUCGAAUCCCCAUCCCCUUCAAUUGGCCAACCAAGAAUAAAGUAUCACACCAAAUGGCUACCAUUCGACCACAAAUACACAAGAGAAUUAAACCCGGAUGUCCAGAUUCUCCCACCUCCAGAUGGUGUCCUCGUUUACAGGCUAUCCGAUAGUUACACGUAUAUCAAUUGUUCAAGACACUAUGAUAUUAUAAUAGACCGAGUCAAGAAGGUAACGAGACGUGGUCAACUAAUUCGCCACAGGAAAAAAUCCGACCGCCCUUGGAACGAUCCUGGUCCAUGGGAACCACCUACUUUCUUUAAGAAUUUGAAAUUCUGGAAGAAAAAGGAAACGGAUAUCGAGUCUGCCGAAAAUGCUGCCAACAACCCAACUGAUGCUGACCGAGAUGAUAGACCAUUACUAAAAAUCGUGUGUUUGGAUUUCUCGCAAGUGGCGCAAACAGAUGCCACUGCUCUUCAGUCACUGGUUGACCUAAGGAAAGUCAUCAACCAAUAUGCUGAUAGACAAGUUGAAUUCCAUUUCGUUGGUAUCAUUUCAUCAUGGGUGAAGAGAGGUUUGAUUAGUAGAGGUUUUGGUACUCUAAACGAAGAAUAUAGUGAUGAAUCCAUUGUUGCCGGUCAUACAAGUUAUCACGUCGCAAGAGUACCUCAAAACAAAGAAACCCCAGGCAAAUAUAGCGUUUACACUGUUUCAGGUACAAACUUACCUUUCUUCCAUAUAGAUAUUCCAGACUUUGCUAAAUGGGACAUUUAG